ACUCUUCCUAGCGCCACAGACGCAGCUACUGACUGUCCACGGCUGUCUGCGGUCUCGCUCUUCAGCAACAUGGCCACUGCAGUGCCCCUGCCGCAGCCGCUGCUCGACCCUUCGGAGCUGCUCAGGCCGGAACCUCUGUACGCAGGGAAGCCGGUCUCGCAGUUCCGCGACUACACCAUCGACGAGAAUGACCCCGUCAAGGAGCGAGUGCGCAGGCUCUACCUCGCCAUGCACACGCACCAGACAGUGGACUUCGUCAAGAGUCGUCACGAGAAGUGGCGCAAGUUCGACAAGUUCCGCGCUCCCGUGUUGGAAGCCCUCGACACGCUGAACAAGCUGGUGGACGAGAGUGACCCGGACGUCGACGUGCCCAACAUCGUGCACGCCUACCAGACGGCCGAGCGCAUCCGUGAAGACUUCCCGGACUGUGAGUGGCUGCAGCUCACCGGACUCAUACACGACCUGGGCAAGUUCAUGGCGUUCUACGACGAGCCUCAGUGGGCCGUCGUAGGCGAUACUUUCCCAGUGGGCUGCGCCUGGGCCGACUCCAUCGUCUACAGGGACACCAGCUUCGUCGACAACCCAGACGGCAAGGACCCACGAUACAAUACCAAGUACGGCAUGUACAAACCGCACUGUGGACUGAACAACGUGUUGAUGUCGUGGGGCCACGACGAGUACCUUUACCACGCUCUCAGGCAUAACGGUUCCAAGCUGCCCGAAAUCGCGCACAGAAUCAUCCGCUUCCACUCGUUCUACCCGUGGUACACCAACGGGGAAUACAUGCACCUCUGCAACGAGGAGGAUAUGGAAACCCUCAAGUGGGUUAAGGUGUUCAACAAGUACGAUCUGUACACGAAGAGCGACGAGACGCCAGACAUAGACGCGCUCAAGCCGUACUACCAGGGCCUCGUAGACAAGUACCUGCCUGGAACGCUCAGCUGGUAGUGUUCCAUGUGUCCGACGGGUCUGCGGUUGUUUCCAUGGUCUAAAUAAGUGUAUGAAAAUAUUAUCAUAGCAAACGCUGAAGGGUUGAUCAAAAACAUGCUGUACAUUAUGUUGUGUGUUUAAUCACUAGGAAACUGAAUAACUUUUUCUGUAAGUUUUUUAAUAUACACAAUUUCAUUAUAUAAAUAAAUAUUUUUAUUCGAUGCCACUCUGUAUUUCUUUUUUGAAUAAAAAUUUUGUAUGUAACUGUA